AUGGAUAUAAUCAGUAAGUCGCACAGCGACUGGAGCAGCCUGGUGGUCUUGUUCCCCAAGAUGAAUGGGUCAGUCUGGUUCCGUGUGGACAAUAAAAAAGUCAACACGGUGUCUAAAUUUGAUAUGUAUCUGAUGUCUCACAUUGGAAUACAUUUGUUGCUGAUCAACACAUCUACUGCUUACAUUCUCACCACCCUGAAGAGCAUUUUUACUCAGCAACACACAUCUUACUGUGCUAACAGUAAAGUACGGCUUCCAAACUGCAACCUCAAUGAUGAGAAAACCUUGAAGAAAAAGGGAAGAGGGACAUUUGAUGUCAGAGUGGAGAAGAACCACAACAUUUGUGCUGUGACAUGGUACAACACCCGUCAGGUGACACUUGUGUCAUCCUUUACUGGCCCAGAACCAGUGGAAAAGGUUAAACGUUGGGACAAAACUGCCAAAACAUUUGUGGAAGUUCAGAGGCCUAACAUCGUGGCGACCUACAACAAAAACAUGGGGGGAGUGGAUUUGCUGGACUCACUUGCGGCCAAGUACAAGUUUCCUCUCAAGUCCCAUCGUUGGUACAUCUACAUCUUCUGGCACACAAUUAUUCUAGCUGUGAUCAACGCUUGGCUCCUGUACAAACGGGACUGCAAGGCCUGGGCUAUUCCAAAGAAAGAGAUCCUGAUCAGGAGACGGUUUCAGGCCCAGUUGGCAUCCUCCCUUAUCCUGACUGGCACAUCUGUCCCAGUGCCAAAGCGAGGGCGGCCAUCCUCAAGCCCUAUGAGUUCUCCAGCUGCUAGGCCCUCUAAGAGGAGAAAUGCACACCCACCAAGUGAUGUCUGCAAAGACAUGACUGGGCAUUUCCCCCAUCAAAGCUGACGGGGGAAGGUGCAGACAGUGUGCUAAAGGCUACACUAACACUGUUUGUAUGAAGUGUGAUGUCCGCCUUUGU